GCUCAGGCUGCUGGGUCGGAAGCUUAUGUUCGUCGACGCCGCCAGUGGUGCCCACUACUCCGUGUCGCCUCCGUCCUCCGAGUGGGAGGGCCGCUCGAUGAGCUCUGCGGCCACGGCGGGCGACAGCUCGCUCGAGAGCGAAAGCUUCGUCAGCAUCGCAAAGUUCAUGGCGACCGAGAUCGGGCGCGCCGCCGUGGAUGCCGUGCAGGGGGCCAAGGCUAAGACGGCAGCCGUGAUCUCGAGCAGGGGCGUCCAGGUGGCCGCGGCCUCCGCCGUAGGCGGUGCCGUCCUCGUCGGCGGCGCCUCGGGCAUGCUCGGGCUCACGCUCGGCGGCGCGGGCGGCGCAUUUGUGGGCGUGGGCCCGGCCGCCCGACCCUCACCUUCGGCCUCAGCAUCCCCGUCUUCGCGGCCCUCGGCGGGGGCCUGGGCCUUCUCGUGGGCGCGCCCGCAGGCGGCGCCGCGGGCGCGGUCGGCGGCGGCGCCGCGGGCUACGUGGCGCACGCCAAGCGCGCGGAGGUCGCCAGCCUCGCGGGCAGGGGCCGCGCCCGGGCCGAGGCCGCGGCGCAGGCGGCCUGGGCCGGCGCCGCCUCGAGGUCUGCGGCUGCCGUGAAGCUCGCGGUGGCGACGAAGGAGGACGCCAAGGCCCUGGCCUUGACCUCGGUGGCCACCGCCCAGCAGAAGUUCGCGGAGGGCCGCGAGGCCACGUCCACGGGGCUGGCGGUGGCCAAGGCGAAAGGCAUAGAGCUGGCGUGCGACCGCAGCGUCCAGGUGGGCGCAGUGUCCGCAGCUGGAGGCGCCGCCACCUGUGGCACUGCAGGAGCGGUGGCCGGCCUGUGCACCGGCACCAUGACGAAGAAGCAAAAACGGCACCUCCGCAGGUUAGC